AUGGAUCCCGCAGGAGAUGCCGCCGGCGACCAGUUCGAUGCGGAGGUGAACGAGUUCAUGGCACGGGAACACCAUAGGAUACCGUUUGUGGCUCAAGGUUAUGACUGGACACCAUUCUUCAGGGCAUUGAGCGAGGGAAAUGUGACUAUGGGCGGACCUAACAGGAUUCGCAUAGGUAAUAGUCGGGAUCAUAAGUUUCAACCUCCAAAGAUGAUACAAAAGGAUGAUCAACCACCACCGGCAAUUCGAGUAAUACCUAAGCCACCCAAUACCGGCUCGUGGGACUAUACGUGGUAUAUUCCUGAGUGGUCUCACCCCGAAUUCGAUCCUACCACGGUAAUCAACUUUAGAAAAGAGGUCAGGCAUCUUUCCAACAGAGAUCCCAUCCAUAGGCUAUACCCAGCGCUACGAGCCGCGGAUCUUAUCAGAGGACCUACACAAUGGGCGAAACACUUCGGUAUACAUCCGGACGAGAUAGGCGGUCGAAGCCGGCUCAGCCCCACGCUCUCCGCCACCCGAGACCCGUUUGACCAUGUUGCGGCUCAGAUCAGCAUGCUGUCCGACGACUCGAGGCGCCGUGCCAUCGAGGUAUCAAGAGAGGCCGCCAUCAGGCAGGGCGGCCCGUUACCCACCGACCCUAACUAUAUCAGCCCGGAUGCGUUAGAAGCUUUACUAAACCACCACAAUGUGCUGUCGGGUAGGGAAUUGAAAGAGAGAUUGCAGGGGAUAUUGGGUAGGCCUGGGGCCUUAGACGACGUCACGAACCUCGAGACGUUAGUUCGAAGCCUGAACGAACAGUCACCGGAUACCUUCAAAUUCCAUGAAAACUUUUUGGAGAAUUCCUUGAACGACCAGGACUAUCAGCGGUUCCUAUUCAACGACUUGACGAGUGACGAGCUCCUAUCUUAUAACUAUCUCAAUUUGACACAGGAGUUUUUCUGCGACUUGACUACUGAAAUUCACCCUGUAUUUCAGAGGCAUCACUGGAGCGGCUGUAGCUCGAGGGGGGCCAUCCCGCGGGAGCCCCGAUACCUGUAUUCCUUAGGCGGAGAAAGGCAUGAAUGGGAUCCUUCAACCAACGACGUUCUAUGGAACGCACUACGGCCCGCGUUACAACUCGCGUCGAGUAUCAUCAACAUCGAACAUCCUAUGCUUCGCAAGUUGUCAGAUUUGAGAAAUAGACAACAGAUAGACGCUGCGAGGGACAAUCGACGUUCGCCCCAGACAGCACACAUGUGGUCGAUCCAACAACAAAUUGCAGAAAAUUUGGAGAGGACGCCUCCGGGAGUUAAAGAACUCGUUGAUAUGGGGUUCGACUGGAUUAAGGAAACGUGGGAAGCCAUCUCUCACGCGCUCGUCAUCGAUCUUAACAGCGGCUACAUGCUAAUAGACGACGAUGAGAAAGACCUUCUUAAAGUAGACGAGGUCGUGACGUUUGGAUACGGGACCACAAGAAGCCACCAUGCCGGUCAAAAUUCUCGCAUACAUAUGACUAUGAGCAUCGAGUUGCUUUGGCCGUUGUUGGUGCCAGAAUACACUGGCAGCGAGAAGUUGACGACGACCUACCAGAUAGCCUCAACUUUACUACACGAGUUUGGGCAUGUCAUCAUCCAAGCCCACAUGUUGCUGACGUAUGACCGAGAUUACUGUCAAUGGAAGGGCUACAACCAGCGCACGAUCGACAUACUCAUGAAAUUGGGUGAUGAGCUAUUUGACCAGCAUAGCGGAGCGGCAGAGCCCUUCUACGACGAUCACACGACGAAUGAGUGUGGGUACGAACUGGAAAAGUCGAUCUGGGGCGAGCCCGUCUUGAAUCUAUUACAUAACGACACCCUGGUCCAUAACCGACAUAUGUCGACCAUUCCCUUUGUUGCUGCCCAUAUGCCGUUCCCCUUCGGCGGAGACCCCGCCGGGGCAGCUUAUUCUCCUCUCAAGAAUUCCAUAUACCCAGUAAUGGACUACAUAAUACCGCUCCCUGUCGAGUACAUGGCCAAGUUCUUCACACAGAACUUUUGGGACACGGAUUUCGUGGCGUACGGGAUCGAAUCUCUCAAGUUGGUUUCGGGGAGCCACGCUUCCAGGACUGUCAUGAGACCAGACAGGCUCGACCCGAGACGCUGCGAGCAAACGUUUGGCUUGUACGAAUACUACUUCUUGGAUUUCGUAUCGGGCCUAUUGCGGCACAAUGAAUUCGUCACGUUGUCGGAAUACAUAACACGGUCUAUGGUGUUGGCUCUGAUGCCUGGCGCCUAUGUCGAUCGCUGGGCUCUGGAGAUGGAAAGAUGGAAAAUUGGAUGGAUGGCAGACCUCGAUAAGAGCGUAAAUCAUCUCAGGUCUCUCGUCAUAGAGGCGAGACAGACCUGCCAGGAGACCAGGGAAACUCAACUGGGCCUGACGAGAAGCUGGCAGGAGUACGUACUGAAAGCCCAAGAGAACGGAGAGGAAUAUGUGGACCUAGAGCGGUGGACGUUAGAUGUCAAGAUCCGUCUAGUUGAGACGUUUCGCAACGGAGGCGUCCUGAUGGGCUCGUUCCUUGUCGUUUACAGGGCGCUUAUGGACGAAGUCAGAUACAUGCAGCGGUUGGUAUUCGAUGCCUUUAAUCUACACCCCGACGCCAUGCGACGUCUGGACGGGUACGGGACCGGCGUCACACGUGGCUGGCAAGCCAUCGCGCCCCUGAGGGAUGCGCAUCAACGGUUGAUUACAGAUCGCCAGAGGGCGCGCUGGUGUCUUAGUGUGAUCGGAGAGAUAUCCAAGAUAAACCACUUGUCCGGGAUCAAAGAACAGUGGCAGGAAUGGGGGAGCAGAUACGAGCUCUGCUGGAAAAUGUUUGACGAACUUAUCAAGAUGCUGGACGAGCCACCCGCGCCCGGCGCCGACGACAGGACCUGGAAGAAGCGCUUCUCCACCGUACCGUCCUCUUAUUGGAAGAGGGACGUAGAUCGUAUCCAAGUCCUAGCGCACAGAGACUAUCUUCGAGCAGACCCUCGCAUCCGCCAGAUCGUAGACGAUUGCAUGCUAGUUCUUCGUGAAGCGAGCAAAAACAACAACAACAAUGAUGAUAACAAUAACAAUAAUAACAAUAACAACAAUAAUAACAACACGGCGAAUCCUGGACAGUUUAAGGCGCCCGACGUUAAUUCCUUAUCUGAGGCUUUGCAGAAGACGAGUGGCAUCCAGCCAGAAGCUGUGCCUCAACCCCCUUCUGACGUGUUUGCUUGGACUGCGCCGUCUGCCGAGCAGCUUCAAAAUAUUCUCAACCAGGCUCCGCCACCAGGCCGCGGCACCGGCGGUCCCGCGGUCACGGGAGGUCCCGCGAAUACGGGGGGUGUCACGUUCGGUCAACCAGGCCAGAUUGGCUCGUUGUCCCAAUUAGGAUCAAUCCCUCCCCGUCGGAAUGAUGGCCCGGCGCCGCGUGAUGGAGGUGGUGGUACGGGGUUCGACACUUGGGCUAAGAGGGGAGGGUUCGACCAAGGAGCGGCACAGGUCUCAUUCGGCCAGGGAGGGGCUAUAGCUGUCCCGCCGACGAUGGAUGGAGGGUCAAGGUUCACUGGACGCGGACCCGGCACUUUGUUUUCAGCUGCAGGCGCAGCUGUCAGCACGUUGACGUCGGAUAUAAGGCACUUCAACGAGAUUGCGAAUGCCGCCGAACCUGGGCAGGCUGCCGGGGGUGCGGCCACAGGAUUGUACAAUCCGAGUCAUCAGGGCUAUCGAGAUUCAAGGGUAACGUUUGACGAGGAUAAUGAAGAGCCAGAAGUAAGGGGGCGGUUUUCUAGAAGCCAUAGCCUCCCUGGUGGCGAGGCUAAUAGUCCCCCGAAUGCCAGUGGCCCAACUUCGGCUCCCACUCCUUUUGCCUCACCUCCGGGCCAGCUUUUCGCCGAAGACGCAGACUUCUCAGAUCUCCUCCAAUAUACUGAUGGUCCCUUUCAAUUCAGUGCGUUGGAUAACAUGGAUUGGGAUUCACUUCCGGACGUGAAUCUGGAUGAGUGGAUACGGGAUGAUCCGGAGUAA